GUUUAAUUCUCAGAGCAUACUGGUUUUCCAUUGUAUAUUCAGGAAAUAAUAUUGUUAUAGUUGAUAUACAAUUAUGAUAUUAAAUGUCAAUUAUAACUAAAAGACAACCAUUAUUUUUAAACAUGAAUAGUUCCCCACUGUCGAAGCACUAUAGCUGGCAAUUCCUUUAUUGCCUGCUCAGGCCACCUUAGCAUUGUCACACUAGGCUUUCUUACUAAACUAGGCCUAAAAUACUUUAAAACUGGUAGAUUGUGCAUGCCUGGCAGCAUAUUAGGUCCUCAUAGAACCUGCUGGGGGAAUUUCAAUUUUAGCUGGUGGAAACAUAGCUUUACAGUAAUUGGUCACACCUUAAAGACAUUUGCUAAAUAUUUAUUCUUGUAAAGGUUUUCAAACAUAUGUUGGGUCAAAAUUUUGCAUUGUUUAUCCUUUCCCAGUUGUGCCUUCUGCUUGUCAAUUUUUAAAUGUGUUUGCUCCAAUGCAUGCAGUAUAUAUUGUAUAUGUAUAUAAAACUAAGUGGUCGAGUAUGCACAAUAAGCAAAAACCCUCCAUAGAAUGUAUUAAACUGCACUGUGGAACUGUGAAUGGACACGAAUGGGCGAUCUGAAAUGUACUGAAGAUGGACUAAAUUUGAAAUGGGAUGUUAGCUGGCAUAUUUAGGUGUUAGAAUCAUGAAUUAUUUUUCGAAAAAUUAAAUGUAUUUAAAUUAAAUUAUAUGAAAUGUCUAAUUAGAAAUGAGAUUUUAGUUGUUUGUAAUGAAUUUUGAAUGUAAAUAUGUCAGCGCACAGCAAGCCACGACAACGAGAAGUGCCAAGUCCGAUCUGUUUCUUUUGAUGUGAAAUACUACAGGUGUUUUUGCUGUGGAAGGGAAAUAGUAGCUAAUGUUACAUGAAAGGUUACACAUGUUUCGGAAUGUAUAGCUUAUGGAAAGGACACUAUUGGUUAAGAGUAAUCCGCUUUGUAUCUCUGAUAAUGUUUUGAAUUAGGAAAGGGUUAGUGGAUUUAAAAGGAAACGUGUAUGUCGUGACGUGAGUUCCAAAUGCUUUUUAAACUGAGUAAUGUGCAUUUUGUAUCUAUACCUAUCACUGUGGGGGCAAACUAAACGUGUCAGGAAAUGUAUAGGUGAAAUAAUGCUGUUCUAACUUUCAUGGCUGUCCUGGAGUCCGUGCAGUGCGUGCUUUUCUUUCGGAAGAGUGUUUGGUCUCCCUUUGCUGUGGGUUUGGGAUGCUGCGCCUGGACCACCAACCUGGAGCAGUGACUGACUUACAACAAAAAGCUGACUUAUUGAAGGGUGAUUUCAAGAGAGAGAUUCGGGGCAUGAGCACCAGAACCGUCCUAAUAAUGAGUAAAGGGCCAGAGUAUAACUCAUAUGUUGACUGGAGAAGUUAUCCCCAUAAUGGAACUACUUUCUUCAAUAAAGUCGCAUGGUGUCCCAGAAGAGAUUGAUAUCACUUCAACUGUACUUAAUGAUGAUGACAUUGGCGACAGUUGUCAUGGUGGUUUCCUCAGCAAUGCUAUCAGUUCACACAUGCAGACCUGUGGCUGCUCUGUGGUGGUAGGCAGCAGUGCAGAGAAAGUAAACAAGAUGGUGAGGACACUGUGUCUCUUUCUGUCUCCAACAGAAAGGAAAUGUUCCAGAUUAUGUCGCUCUGAAUCUUCUUUCCAGUAUGAAUCUGGCCUCUUUGUGCAAGGACUGCUAAAGGAUGCAACAGGAAGUUUUGUGCUUCCAUUCCGCCAGGUUAUGUAUGCGCCUUAUCCCACCACUCACAUUGAUGUGGAUAUAUUCACCGUGAAGCAAAUGCCUCCAUGUCACGAACACACUUAUAAUCAAAGGCGCUAUAUGAGAGCAGAGCUGGGUGCUUUGUGGAAAGCUACUUCAGAUGAGGAGAUUGGAAUGGAUUCAGUCAUUCACAGUGAUGAGACUUUCACACCUAAUCUAAAUAUAUUUCAAGAUAUCCUGCACAGAGACACAUUUGUGAAAAACUUUUUAGAGCAGGUCUUCCAAUUGAAACCAAACUUAUCCUUGCGAAGCACAUUUCUGGCACAGUUUUUGCUCGUGCUUCACAGAAAGGCUCUAACCUUGAUCAAAUACAUUGAGGAUGACACACAAAAAGGCAAGAAACCAUUCAAAUCUCUGCGUAGCCUGAAAACAGACCUGGACCUAGCAGCAGAGGGCGAUCUUUACAUAAUCAUGGCCUUGGCUGAAAAGAUUAAGCCAGGGCUUCAUUCGUUCAUUUUUGGCAGGCCGUUUCACACAAGCAUGCAAGAGAGAGAUGUACUGAUGACAUUUUAAUACCGAAAUGACAACAUUUCUAUGCUCAGCCCCCACCAUCACUUGUUUAUUUGGAUUCAGAAUUGCUUGGUCUUGUUUCUACGUGAAGCGUUUCCUCUGUAACAGUAAGUGAAAUGGAAAUAGGCAGCUGUCCAACCUCCAUCUCUCUGUGUAUUAUCAGUGAAUACACAGCAUGUUUUGUUAAUAUCAAAUCUAAACGACUGAGCAUCUUUCUGCAUGACCAGCCUCCAAGUGAUCAUACUGUAUGUCUCUGCACUGGAUCAGAUGUGAUCACCCACAACUGAACUUGUAGAUACCAAGUGACCAACCUUUGUGUGAAGUCAUUUUCCAAGUCAGUCUGUAUAAUACAGGCAGCUAAAAUUAAUCACUGGCCAAAAAAACAGCAGUGUAAUAGAAACCAUGCUUGGUCAGCCAGUAAGAUGCACAUAUGCUUUAUAAUUAAUAUAUGCUAUUUAUAAUGUAAUAAGUAAUGAUAAUACUGCUAUGAUGUACUGUAAAUUUAUUAUGACUAAUAAAACAAAGGUGUGAUUGUGUAAA